UCGCGAACAGCCCGCUCUUAUGGAGCCCUGGUCAUGUGAUUUACCAUCAGAAGUUUGAGUUGAAGUUACCUGAAGUCUUAUCAAUUUGAUAUUUAAUGAGAAAAAGGAUGUUUGCCACUAUCAGCUCCCGGGCUAUGUGAAACAGCCUCCUAUCUGCAUUACGAACGCCCAGUUCUAAGCUGUCAGCUUGAAGAUGUACCAGGGAUGACGCGAACUUGUUGAAUUCUGUUCAUUUAUCACCUUAAACAUUUUGGGAUUUAUUUUGAAAAUUUCAUAAUACAAUUAACAACAUGAUGGAUCAGAAUAUGACGGGAAACUACACCGUGACAACAAUUACACAUUCCAUAGGAACGCAUAGAGAACAGAAACUCCGCCUUUUGCAGGCUGAGACUGAAUGCUACGAGAAGAUGUUUAGUAAUGAGACUUACGAAAAUCCUAAUGGAGGUCCUUACUGUGGUGUUGCUUGGGAUACCGUCAUGUGUUGGAAUGCUACCCCCGCCGGGACGACCGCCCAACAGCGUUGUGCUAGCUACAUCGACGGCUUUAUGAAGUCGGCUUUUGCCACUAGAUACUGCACCGAAAAUGGAACAUGGUUUAUCAACCCUAUGACGAACAAGACAUGGACAGAUUUCAAUCCAUGUGUCCCUCUGAAGGGACUAAUGACAAUAGGCGAACACCUACCUAGAAUCCGUCUGAUGUACAACAUCGGUUAUGGCGUUUCCCUUUGUUCUUUGGUUAUUGCCGUCUUUAUAAUGCUGUGCUGCAGACGACUAAACUCCAAAAGCAAUACCCUACACAUCAACCUGUUCCUCGCCUUCAUUUUCCGUGCCUUGAUGUCGUUCCUUAAGGACAGUUUGUUUGUGGAAGGACUCGGAUUGGAGAAGGAUAUCAUCCGCGGAGAGGAGGGUAUCAUGUUUCGGAAUGACGGAAGUAUGCAUUGGGAGUGUAAACUGCUAUUUACCUUGUUCGUGUACGGGGUGCUGGCCUCCAGUAUGUGGAUCUUCAUGGAAGCUUUAUAUCUACAUGUCCUGGUAUAUAGAACCCUCUUCACGGAAAGACAUGGCGUCAAAAUGUAUAUCAUCCUCGGAUGGAUACUACCGGUCGUCUUCCUCAUACCGUGGGUCAUUGUGCGGAUCAACUUGGAAGAUUUACUGUGUUGGAAUACCAGUCCUACGAAGGAGUUUAUGUGGAUAAUCACCGGCCCGGUAAUCCUAACGACUGUGAUUAAUUUCAUUUUCUUCAUAAAUAUAGUGCGUGUUUUGUUUACUCGAGUUAAGACAAACAGAAAUGUAUCGGGAGCUCGGAAAAUAAGAAAACUCGCCAAGUUCAUCGGAGUGCUGAUUCCACUGUUUGGAGUGUGUUACAUUGUAUUCGCUGUGCUGUUCAGAGUAGAAUUGGACGAAGACUUGGAUAUACCAUAUUUGUAUGGCGAAAUGUUCUACAAUUCCUUCCAGGGAUUUAUUCUUGCAAUAUUGUUUUGCUUUUUGAAUGAAGAGGUCCAUCUCGAACUCCAGCGAUUCUGGCACAGAUAUGCACUCGGGCGCCAUGAUAGUUAUGUCUACACCAGAACGGCAUUCAUGUCGUCAUGGCGACAUGGAUCACAAGUGUCACGUAUACCUUCAAAUAACGGUCAAAAUAGUGACUCAUCGGUUAAUGGCCGACUCUUGUGGUCUUCACGAAAAAGCAGCAACUACAACGCAGCUGUCAAAAAAGGAGCACAAUCAUAUAACACUAGAUCGUCAUGGAAACGAGACAAUACCCUGGACUCUAACGGAUCCCUGAGAACCCGUCCUGGGGAGACGGAUUGUAAGACGUGUUAUCUUGGACUACCACAAAGAGAUUCUACCAGGCAAGAGUUCAUUGAAAUGAGAUGAAAGUACGUCCGUAUGGCCCUACGGACAAGUGACUUGUACUCGAAUAACGUGAACGGUCACCUACCCCCUGCUGCUGGGUGAGCCUUAAUUGGAUUAUCAUGCAAUGUCCAACAUCGCCAGAUCAAUAUCAUUCAUAACGGUUAAUAGAGAAUGUCGAUGUAUUUACAUGGUUCUAUUUACACUGCCAAAAUGUAAGAGAAUUGAAUCAAAACAGGAUCAGGGACAAUCAGCAGAGGUCUGAAGUUGAUCAUAUAGUGCGUAAUAUUUCCAAUCGUAUAACAGAUUAACUGCUUCUUCAUUUAACAAAACAACAUGUAACGCUUGCAGGAAUCCAUACAAUCACAGUGUUCACGUCGUAAAACAGAUGAAUAUGCUUGAGUAAAUUACCAUUAUCGCCAUUUCAUAUAUGUUACAGUAAUCAGGACGACGAAACACACCGUUGUGUUUUCAAAUAACCAUUGUACAGCCAAUAAGCUGUGAUUUAUUUAAGUUUUCAUUCUGAAUGAUGUAUGUCCGUACAGGACAAUGCGUUACGGCAUGAAUCACCGUUACAUUAAGUAUGCUGCUGAAAAAAUUUGAUUCGGUAAGGCAAUUGGCGACAUAUUGCUUUAUGUUCUUCAUGUAGCAGGAUUGAAAUGAAAUGUAAUGAAAAGCAACCAUAUCAGAUUUCGAUUAAAAUGAUACUCAUAAUUCAUAUGUAAUUUGCAUCAAUGUAAUAGUAUGUGAUUUCAUGAAGGUUUAUAUUGUUGUUUUUUAUUUAUUUUUUUGUUCGCUUCACGUUCCCUUAGAUUAUUAAAUGACUUACAGAUUUGCUUAAAAUUUACUAAUUUCCCCAUGUGUCCAAGAUAAUAUGUUCUCCAUUACAUCAUCUAAUGUGGUAAACAAUAGCCUGUUAUGUUUCUAUAUCAUUACAUAUACUAUAAAAACAAUGAUUCAUCUAUCCAUCAAUGACGUUUUCAUCUCUGAAGAUAAUGUAUAAUAAGAUUUCUAAAUGACGUUUUCCGACAUGUGAUUAAAAAUGACCAUAUAUGGGCAUAUUGUAUUUAA